ACAUAUUUUGGUUUUUUAAAAUCUUAACUGAAAACGUGCAUUUAAGACAGCCAUGUCCACCAGAUGGUAUCCCAUUUACCAGAGGGGUAACCCCCAGUUGCGCGUCUUCCUGCCCAACUUUUGGAUGAAGAUCAUCCGGCCCAAGGAGGAGCAGCCGCCAAAUGUUGUCACUUUUUCGGUGUCGAUGGAAAUGACCAAGUACGAUGUGAGAAACUACCUAGAGAAGAUCUACAAGCUGCCGGUGGUGGAUGUGCGCACUCGUAUUGCCCUCGGGGAGACCAAGAGGGAUCAGACAUAUGGCUAUGUGACCAAGAAAGACGAUGUCAAAAUAGCUUAUGUAACACUGCCACGGGAGGAGUCUUUCGUCUUCCCUGAAAUGUUUGCCGAGAAGGCAGAGAAACAGGCCCAGGAGGAGAAGUCCCUGGACGAGUCUAAAAAGGGAUUCCGACAGUUCCUAGACAGAAACAAGAAACGGCCCGGCACGCCCGGCUGGUUCUCCAUUUAGACUAUUUAACAUAGGCGUAGUUUAUAUUUUUUGUGGCAACAUAAACAUUUAUUUCGAAAGUCCGAAUUAACUUAAA